GCCCCAGAACACUGGCAGGGAUGGCUGGAGGCCCGAGUUAGGAGGUCCCUCACUGGAAGGGACCCCAAGAACUGCAUCCCAAAAAUAAUUCAAAUCUCUGUCAGCCCCAGAACACUGGCGGGGGUGGCUGGAGGCCCCAGUUAGGAGGUCCCUCACUGGAAGGGACCCCAAGAACUGCAUCCCAAAAAUAAUUCAAAUCUCUGUCAGCCCCAGAACACUGGCGGGGGUGGCUGGAGGCCCCAGUUAGGAGGUCCCUCACUGGAAGGGACCCCAAGAACUGCAUCCCAAAAAUAAUUCAAAUCUCUGUCAGCCCCAGAACACUGGCGGGGGUGGCUGGAGGCCCCAGUUAGGAGGUCCCUCACUGGAAGGGACCCCAAGAACUGCAUCCCAAAAAUAAUUCAAAUCUCUGUCAGCCCCAGAACACUGGCGGGGGUGGCUGGAGGCCCCAGUUAGGAGGUCCCUCACUGGAAGGGACCCCAAGAACUGCAUCCCAAAAAUAAUUCAAAUCUCUGUCAGCCCCAGAACACUGGCGGGGGUGGCUGGAGGCCCCAGUUAGGAGGUCCCUCACUGGAAGGGACCCCAAGAACUGCAUCCCGAAAAUAAUUCAAAUCUCUGUCAGCCCCAGAACACCAGUGAGGGUGGCUGGAAGCCUCAGUAAGGAGGUCCCUCACUGAGGAGGACCCCGAGACCUCCAUACCAGGGGGAAUUCAAAUCUCUGUCAGUCCCAGAACACUGGCGUGAGUGGCUCAAGGCCCCUAUUGGGAGGUCCCUCACUGAAUGGAACCUCAAGACCACCAUCCCAAAGAGAAUUCAAAUCUCUGUCAGCCCCAGAACACUGGCGGGGGUGGCUGGAGGCCCCAGUUGGCAGGUCCCUCACUGGGCAGGACCUCGAGACCUCCAUGCCAGGGAGAACUCAAAUCUCUGCCAGCCCGAGAACACUGGUGGGGGUGGCUGGAGGCCCUGGUUGGGAGGUCCCGCCCAGUGAGGAGGAAUGGAUCACAGACCUUCUUAAAGACCCAGUGUGGCCACAUUUUGGUAGAGCACCUUGCUAUGCCAACCCCGCCAUGUUCUCAGGAAGACAGAUUUGGAUUCUCCCUGGCAUGGAGGUCUUGAGGUCCUGCCAAGAGAGGGACCUCCCAACCGAGGCCUCCAGCCACCCCUGCCAGUGUUCUGGGGCUGACAGAGAUUUGAAUUCUCCCUGGCAUGGAGGUCUCAGGGUCUGGCCCAGUGAGGGACCUCCCAACCGUGGCCUCCAGCCACCCCCACUGGUGUUCUUGGGCUGACAGAGAUCUGAAUUCUCCCUGGCACGUAGUUCUCAAGGUCCUACCCAAUGAGGGUCCUUAGCUGGGGUCUCCAGCCACCACUGGUAUUCUCAGGCUGACAGAGAUUUGAGUUCUCCCUGGCAUGGAGGUCUCAGGAUCUUGCCCAGUGAGGGACAUCCCAACUGGGGCCUCCAGCCACCCCCACCAGUGUUCUCAGGCUGACAGAGAUUUGAGUUCUCCCUGGCAUGGAGGUCUCCAGGUCCCGCCCAGUGAGGGGCCUCCCAACUGGGGCCUCCAGCCACCCCUGCCAGUGUUCUGGGGCUGAUAGAGAUUUGAAUUCUCGCUGGCAUGGAGGUCUUUAGGUCCUGCCAAGUGAGUGGCCUCCCAAUCGGACUUCCAGCCACCCCCACCGGUGUUCUCAGGCUGACAGAGAUUUGAGUUCUCCCUAGCAUGGAGGUCUUUAGGUCCUGCCCAGUGAGGGAUCUCCCAACCAGGGCCUCCAGCCACCCCCGCCAGUGUUCUGGGGCUGACAGAGAUUUGAAUUCUCCCAGGUAUGCAGUUAUUGAUUCUUGAAGUCCCGCCCAGUAAGGGUUCUCCUAACUGGGGCCUCUGGCCACCCCCACCUGUGUUCUCAUGCUGACAGAGAUUUGAAUUCUUCCUGACAUGGAGGUCUCCAGUUCCUGCCCAGUGUGGGUCUUUUCAACUCAGGCCUCCAGUCACCUGCCCCUGGUGUUCUCAGGCUGACAGAGAUUUGAAUUCUCCCUGGCACAUAGUUCUUGAGGUCCUGCCCAAUGAGGGUCCUUUUAGCUGGGGUCUCCAGCUAACCCCACUGGUGUUCUGGGGCUGACAGAGGUUUGAGUUCUCCCUGGCAUGGCGGUCUCGUGGUCCCGCCGAGUGAGGGACCUCCCAACCGGGGCCUCCAGCCACCCCCGCCAGUGUUCUGGGGCUGACAGAGAUUUGAAUUCUCCCUGGCAUGGAGGUCUCGGGAUCUGACCCAGUGAAGGACCUCCCAACUGGGGCCUCUAGCUACCCCCGCCAGUGUUCUGGGGCUGACAGAGAUUUGAAUUCUCCCUGGCAUGGAGGUCUUGAUGUGCUGCCAAGUGAGUGACCUCCCAAUCGGGGCCUCCAGCCACCCCUGCCAGUGUUCUGGGGCUGACAGAGAUUUGAAUUCUCGCUGGCAUGGAGGUCUUUAGGUCCUGCCAAGUGAGUGGCCUCCCAAUCGGACUUCCAGCCACCCCCACCGGUGUUCUCAGGCUGACAGAGAUUUGAGUUCUCCCUAGCAUGGAGGUCUUCAGGUCCUGCCCAGUGAGGGAUCUCCCAACCGGGGCCUCCAGCCACCCCCGCCAGUGUUCUGGGGCUGACAGAGAUUUGAAUUCUCCCAGGUAUGCAGUUAUUGAUUCUUGAAGUCCCGCCCAGUAAGGGUUCUCCUAACUGGGGCCUCUGGCCACCCCCACCUGUGUUCUCAUGCUGACAGAGAUUUGAAUUCUUCCUGACAUGGAGGUCUCCAGUUCCUGCCCAGUGUGGGUCUUUUCAACUCAGGCCUCCAGUCACCUGCCCCUGGUGUUCUCAGGCUGACAGAGAUUUGAAUUCUCCCUGGCACAUAGUUCUUGAGGUCCUGCCCAAUGAGGGUCCUUUUAGCUGGGGUCUCCAGCCAACCCCACUGGUGUUCUGGGGCUGACAGAGGUUUGAGUUCUCCCUGGCAUGGCGGUCUUGGGGUCCCGCCGCGUGAGGGACCUCCCAACCGGGGCCUCCAGCCACCCCCGCCAGUGUUCUGGGGCUGACAGAGAUUUGAAUUCUCCCUGGCAUGGAGGUCUUGAUGUGCUGCCAAGUGAGUGACCUCCCAGUCGGGCCUCCAGGCACCCCCACCAUUGUUCUCGGGGCGAAAGAUUUGAAUUCUCCCUGGUAUGGAAGUCUCAGGGUCUGGCCCAGUGAAGGACCUCGGCCUCCAGCCACCCCUGCCAGUGUUUUGGGGCUGACAUAUUUGAAUUCUCCCUGGCAUGGAGGUCUUGAGGUCCUGCCCAGUGAGGGACCUCUCAACCGUGGCCUCCAGCCACCCCCACCGGUGUUCUCGGGCUGACAGAGAUCUGAAUUCUCCCUGGCAUGUAGUUCUCAAGGUCCCUCCCAAUGAGAGUCCUUUCAGCUGGGGUCUCCAGCCAAUCCCACCGGUAUUCUUAGGCUGACAGAGAUUUGAGUUCUCCCUGGCAUGGAGGUCUCGGGGUCUUGCCCAGUGAGGAACCUCCCAACUGGGGCCUCCAGCCACCCCUGCCAGUGUUCUGGGGCUGACAGAGAUUUGAAUUCUCCCAGGCAUGGAGUUCUUGAGGUCCCACCCAGUUAGGGUUCUCCUAACUGGGACCUCUGGCCACCCCCACCUGUGUUCUCAUGCUGACAGAGGUUUGAGUUCUUCCUGGCAUGGAGGUCUCCAGUUCCUGCCCAGUGUGGGUCUUUUCAACUCAGGCCUCCAGCCAACUUCCCCCACCCCCACCAAUGUUCUCAGGCUGACAGAGAUUUGAAUUCUCCCUGGCAUGGAGGUAUCGGGGUCCCGCCCAGUGAGGGACCUCCCAACGGGGGCCUGCAGCCACCCCCGCCAGUGUACUGGGGCUGACAGAGAUUUGAAUUCUCCGUGGCAUGGAGGUCUUGAGGUCCUGCCUAGUGAAGGACCUCCCAACCGGCCCUCCAGCCAACCCCACUGGUGUUCUCAGGCUGACAGAGAUUUGAAUUCUCCCUGGCACGUAAUUUGCAAGGUCCCACCCAAUGAGGGUCCUUUUAGCUGUGGUGUCCAGCCACCCCCACUGGUGUUCUCAGGCUGACAGAGAUUUGAGUUCUCCUUGGCAUGGAGGUCUCAGGGUGGACCUCCCAACUAGGGCCUGCAACCACCCCCCCAUGUUCUGGGGCUGACAGGGAUUUGAAUUCUCCCUGGCAUGGAGGUCUCCAGUUCCUGCCCAGUGAAGGUCCUUUCAACUCGGGUCCCCAGCCACCACCCCGCCCCCUCUCCCGGUGUCCUCAGCUGCCAGAGAUUUGAAUUAUCCCUGGCAUGGAGGUCUCAAGGUCCUGCCCGGUGAGGGAUCACUCCACUGGGACCUCCGGUCACUCCUGCUGGUGUUCUCGGGCCCAAAGAUACUUGAAUUCUUGGGAUGAGAUGGCCAAAGAUGAGCUGCCAUCUUUGCUGUUUGUGCAACUUAGUCACUCCAGCCUGAGGGCUUUGUAGAAUCCAUACCUACCAGAGGCAGAAGGGAUCUCCCAGCACAACACAGCUACUCUAUAAAAUCUUGGUCAGGCAGAUUCUUUUAGCAGGUUCCUGACCCAUUCCUUCUUAAUUGGCAGGACCUUGACAACUCUGUCCAAGGGAGAAUGUAAAUCUCUGUCAGCUCUAGAACUAAGGGGUGGAAGCCCCACUUGGGAGGUCUCACCCAAUGAGGAAUGGAUUGGGGAUCUACUUAAACAAUCUUGCCAUCAUUUGGUAGAGCAGUUGUGCUGUUCUGGGGAUCCCCUCCACCCUAGUCACUUUGGACUUUCCAAAGCCCACAGACUGGAAUAGCUGAGUCACCCAAACAGCAAAGAUGGUGGCCCCCUUCUCCCCCAGGAAACUCAUCCUAGGGAGAAUUCAAAUCUCCGUCAGCCUGAGAGCACCUGCAGGAGUAGCUGCAGGCCCCAGUUGGGAGGUCCCGCCCAGUGAGGAGGAAUGGAUUGGGGACCCACUUAAAGAGGCAGUCUGGCCACAUUUUGGUAGAGCAGCUGUGCUGUGUGGGGGAUCCCUUCUGCCCACAGUUGGUUUGGGUUCUCAAAAGCCCAACAUGCUGGAAUGGCUAAGUUACCCAAACAACAAAGAUGGUGGCCUGCCCUGUCCCCUAGGAACUCAGUCUCAGGUAGGUAAAACACUGUUGCUGGUGGCUGGCCGGAGUUGUUUCCUUGAUUAUGUGAGUAAUGCGAGUACCUGGUUGUUUCAGUUGAAGGUGCUGUAUUGACUUGCCCCUUUCAUUCCCCUCCAUGAGAGCCAUGCACCUUAGCUGCUUCUAGUCAGUCAUCUUGGCCACACACACCCAUAAUCAUAUUUUUUAAGUAAAUCAUUCUUUAAAACUCUAACAAAAUAUUUAAACAUUUAAAAAGUGUGGAGCUUUAGAAAUGCCUAAUUACAUCUUAAGUUUGAGACACGUAGCAGUUAUGUACAUUGUCAAUUCCAGAUUUUGUAUCUUAUAAGGAAAGGACUUAGAUCUUAUUCAGUCUUUGUGUGUCUAAAAUAUUUUCGCCUGUAAAAUGAGUAUAAUGAAGUACUUUAUAGAGUUGUAAAUGUUAUAUGUAAAAAUAUAGCAGUGAGGGGGCAGUGGGCUGGCCAAGGUGGCUGAGUUGAAGCAGCUAGUGUGUUUGGCUCUCACGGAGAGGAACACAAGGGGAGAGUCAAUACUGCACCUUCAACUGAAACAUCCAGGUACUGACAUUGGGACUAACCAAGGAAACAACUUGACCCAGGGAGAAUGAAGAAAAGAAAGGCAAAAUGACAGCCCACCUGGGAGUACCACAGAGCCAGGGGAACCUCCCUCACCCAGGGAAGCAGUGAGUGAAUGUGUGACCCUGGAAACCCAUGCUUUUUCCAUGGAUCUUUGCAAUCCUUGGGUCGGGAGAUCUUCUCAUGAAGCCACUUUACCAGGGCCUUCAGUCUGAUGGAGCUACGUGGAAUCUUGGCACAGCAGCCACUCAGGGACACAUGGAGACCUGGGAGCCUUAGGUACCUGGGCUUUCCUGCAAAAGUAGCUGCAACUCUGGCAAAGUGGGAGGUUAGACCCUCAUACAUAUCCCUAGGGAAGAGGCUGAAUUCAGGAAGCUGAGCAGCAACAGCCUGCAGGCCCCACUUCCACAGCACCUCACAGGAUAAGAGCUACUGGCUUGGAAUUCCAGCCAGCCACCAGCAGCACUGUUGAGCCUCCCUGAGACGAAGCUCCUGAGAGAAGGGGCAGGCCACCAUCUUUGCUGUUUGGGCAACUUAGCUGCUCCAGCCUUUGGGAUUAGGAAAGUCUCAGCGGACCAGGGGCAGGGGGAUCCACCAGCACAGCACAGUGCUACUCUACCAAAAUAUGGCCAGACUGCUGCUUUAAGAAAGUCCCCAAUCCCAUUCCUCCUCACUGGGCAGGACCUCCCAACCAGGGCCUCUAGCUGCCCACUCUGGUAUUCUCGGGCUGACAGAGAUUUGAAUUCUCCCUGAGAUGGAAUGCCCCAAGGGGGCAGUGGGCCACCAUAUUUGAUGUUUUGGCAACUUAGCCAUUCCAGCCUUUGGGCUUUAAAGAGUCCCAGCUAACUUAGAGCGGAUAUAGCCCCCCAGCACAGCACAGCUACCGUACAAAAGCAUAGCCAGACUACUACUUUAAGCAGGUCCCUGAUUCAUUCCUCCUCACUGUUUGGGACUUCCCAACUGGGGCCUCCAACCACCCCUGCUGGUGUUCUCCUGCUGACAGAUUUCAAUUUUUUCUGAGCUGGAGCUCCCUGAUGGAGGGGCAGGCCACCAUCUUCGCUGUUUUUGCAACUUAGCCACUUCAACCUUCAGUCUUUGGAGUGUCCAAGGAGACCAGGGGCUGAUGUGGACCCUCAGCAUAGCACAGCUGCUCUAUAAAAAUGUGGCCAGACUGCUUUUUAAGCACUUUCCCAAUGUCAUUCCUCCUCCGUGGGCAAAACCUCCCAACUGCAGUCUCCAGCCACCUCCUACAGGUGUGUUUGGGCCAGCAACAAGUUCAUUCAUACCUCCCUAGGGCAAAGCUUCCAAAGGGAGCGGUAGGCUGCCAUCUUUGCUGUUUCACAGUCUUCACUGAUGAUAACUCCAGGUACUGGAAAAUCUGAGGCUACUAGAGACUGGAGUGGGCCCUGGGCAUACUGCAGCAGCCCUAUGGAAAAGUGGCCAGACUAUUACCUGGGUUCCCAUUCCUAUAUCUUCUCACUAGGCAAGUCUUGCAGGCUGGACCUCUACCUAACCCCCCUACCAGAGCUGUCGAGCCAGUAGCAACUCAGCCACUCCCUGGACAGAGCCUCCAGGGGCAACUGAAAGCCUCCCUGCCACUGCUUCUGCAGUGGAACUGUCCAUGCUACCCUCAGACUGAUGAAGGAGCUAACACCCUUAUCUACAUCUUCAACAAGCUUUAAUUGACCCAAGCCCCUCUCCCAUGGGUUCUACACACUCCCCACUGCUCAUAACAGACAGGGAACCCCUGGAUUGGCCCCCACAUCACAAAUUCUCCAUCCUGGGCUGAUUGCAAUGAACAGUUGCUGACCUGUAUCUCUCCAGGGGUGGAACCCUGAGGAGACAAACAAAAGACCCUUGGCUACAACCACUACUAAUGUCCCUUCCUCUUCUGCCUCAAAGUUAGGGAAGAAAUAUAAACACUGAGAUUGCUCCAGAGCUGCAGUGGGCAGCCUAGGAGUGCCAAGCCAUGAUCUACAGCCAGCACUUAAGGAGGAGAGAAGCACAUUUUCAGAUCAUUGAGAGGGAACAUGGCUGCAACUAUGAGGAAAUAUAGGGGAGCCACAUGACCAAGCAAGAGACUACCAAUUGACCAGUAAGCCGAAGUGCCACCUACUGGAUCACAUCCCAAAGCUUCAGCACCAAAAAUACCUUCCUAAUAUACUCCCCUCUGAAACCAGAAAUGAGAAGUCAGCUUCAAAUAAAGACCCUGCAUAAAGCCUCCCAUUCACAACUGUUACAAAGAUAAUAAAAUACCUAGGAAUCCAGCUAAUGAGGGGUGUGAAGAACCUCUUCAAGGAGAACUAUAAGCCACUGCUCAAGGAAAUAAGAGAGGACACAAACAAAGAAGGCCAGGGCAUUGACCAUGCUCACCACGAAAGGCAUGGUGCCUGGUGGCCCUGCUGAGAGCAUGCUCUCUGUGUGCCAGUGGCCUCUGUAGGCAGAGGGAGGAGGGCUUGCCCUGGCACCAAGAUCAUUAAAUGCACCAUCACAGGCAUGACAGGGUGAAUUGUGUCAUCUCAUGGGAAGCAUACCUCAGUUCCCCUCACUCUUCUGAGGACAGAUACUGGGUCCUUCCCUGGACCUGGGUUGCUCAGGAUUGGGGCUGGGACGGGCUCUGGAACCUAGCCCAGCCCUGCAUUCAUCCCCCAGACCGCUCGGCCAGCCACUACCCCAUGUACCCGAAGCAGCAUCUGUUCAACAGCAACCUCCAGUGGGACUCCAGGGCCUUCCGCAGACUCAGCCACCUGGUGCGAGAGAUGCACCUCAACUUCUCAAGCUAACACAGCUGAGCUCCCUGGAGUUUGGGAGGUGGGAGGGGAAGGGGUGAGGUUCCUCCAUGUGACUCACAGCCUCUCCUUCGAUGGGCCAAUAGGAGAACACAGGAGACUGCAGACCAUGCAGGUGGCCAGGCCAGAGCCCAGGGGCAAGAGAGGCCUCCUGUUUAUGGGGCAGAGGGGAGCUUGGCAGGCGGGGCCUCCUGGUCCCCAGCAGGGGUCAUGGCAGCUUCCCUGGACCACGUUGUUCCAUAUGUGGGGAAGCAUUGAGACUUGGCUUGGUAUGAGUGGCCCACUGCAGGUGAACCUUCACAUUCUGACUCCUGAUCUCUGCUCCUCAGGUUUGCCCACCAGUUCCUAGAUCCAGGCACAUACAUGUUUCAAGACAAUGGGCAGCCAGAGAGCCUGGCCGUGGUGCUGGUGAAGGAGGAGGGGGUGGCCUGUAGUCCUGGCCUGUCCCCUGUGCAGCCCUCAUCCCCAUAUCAGCUAGGCAGGCAAAGCGUCCUCAGGCACAGGCUGCCAAACCUGGGUCCAGACUGGGCAGUGGUCACAGGUACUGAUUGACAGGACAUAGCAGCCAGGACUGGAGCAGGUAGGGAGGAGUGCCAUGCCACAGGGCCCUGAGCGUGUGUCAGCCCUGUCCGAGUUCCUGGGCCCCUAAUGUGUGUCAGCUCUGUCUGAGGAUCUGGGCGUAGCCACCAAACUCCAGAUAUGAUGACAGCAACAGUGGCAUGGUGCAGCUUGUCCUUGACCUGGGACUUCAUUUGCAGGCAAAAAUUUUCUCCAUUUGGGGCCUCCUUUCUCACCUCCCCUUCCCCAUUUCUCACGCUCCAUUGGUCCUGGAAGCUGCCCCAGUGGACAAGGUCCCUGAGUGGAGUCACAGGAUCACAGACAUCCUAGACUAGCCCCCAGUGUGGGUUUCCCAUCUUCUUUCCUUCUUUUCUCCAGAGGUCAGCAAUCCGCACUGAGCUCCUUAGUCUGGGGCCUGCCCAAUGGGCAGAGAGGACAAAGCCCUCUGACGGCUAAGAAUCAGAGCCCUGGGCACAGGGCAGCAGCUCUUUCUUUCUCACACAUACACACACACGCACGCAUACAUGCAUGCAUGCACACAUACGCUCAGAGCACAGGCCUCAUGUGGGGCUGUCCCAGGAGGGUCCUCACACAGAAGGGCACAGGGUAGUGGGGAGGGCCUCCCAGGGAGAGACUAAUGGCCCAGAGGCAGGAAGGGAGCUGUGAAGAGUUCAACUGCAAGGGCAGCAGGGCACAGGCCAGGGCCACUGAGGCAAAUGCAAAACAGCGGUUCUCACGUUGCCAGGCAGCCUGGAGGGGCUCGGAGAGGCCACCAUGUAGCCCCAUUCCCCUCUCCUGCCCACGUUCCAGGGGUGCUGCUCCUGUUGACUUGGCAACUGUGCUGUUGAUGGUCCUGGGCCUCCUGCUGAGUCCCUCCCUGCCCCACGCCUGCCCCAUGCAGGCUUGGAAGCCUUGGUGGAGAAGCCUGGGACAGCCUCAGGUGCCUGCUGAGUAUGUGAUCCUCAGGGACAGCCUCCCGUUCUAUGAAGACCUUGGCCCUUGGGGAUCUGGGGAAGGAGCUGACUCCGAGAAGGCCAUGAGCCGGGGCACAGGGGAGCCGCUCCUGUCCCAGACCCUGGAGGACUUCAGCGUCCGCACAGUCUAUGACAAGCUCGAGGACCAGAACCUGCAUGUUGCAUCCCAGCUGAGCAAGCACAGGAGUGAUGCCCUGGCCUUCUACAGGGCCACGGCCCAGCAGCUCCAGGGACUCCAGGACUUUCUGCAGGCCUCAGCAGGACUGAGCUGCAAGCUCUGGGCAGGGGUGGAGACCCUGAGACAGAUCCCAAAGCCGCUGCCAGGGCAGACACUGGGCAAAGCCAGGAACCGUGGGACGGCCACACUGCAGCUUCUCAAAGGGAGUGCCAGCAGCCUCCUCCAGGCUGCCGUCCCAGUGUCCCAGCACCACUGCCCUGGGCUUUUAGCUGGAGCUUGACCAAGCCAUUGCGACCCUGGCAUCGGCACUUUCUCAGGCACAGGGACCGUCAGCCAGAGCCAGCAGAAAGUUACUUCAGACCCCAGCAGAACCCUGGACCCCCAGGCCUCCCACAGGGUGAUG